AUGGACGAAGACCAGGGUCCCGCCCAGAUCGUUCCGGGCACCACGCCCAAGAAAACCAUUGGCGACCGCGUCCGUGGCGCAAAGCGAGCCUUCUUCACCAAGGAUGGCCUGAUCGGCACAUACGAUUAUGCCUUCCUCUUCCGACCUAACCUCCCCUUCAUGCGCAAGAGCCGCCAGAACUCGCCCUUUUUCGGCCUCAACGACCAAAUGCCCACCCUCCUCGCCCUGCUUCUCGGUUUUCAGCACGCCCUGGGUAUGCUGGCGGGCGUCAUCACACCUCCGAUCCUCAUGAGCGGUGCCGCCGGCGCAAACUUGACCACAAGCCAGCAGCAGUACCUCGUCUCCACUGCUCUGAUCGUGUCUGGCUUCUUGUCCAUGAUUCAGAUCACGAGGUUUCACAUUUACAAGACCAACUACUAUAUUGGUACUGGUCUCCUCUCCGUGGCCGGUAUCUCCUUCUCCAUCAUCCCCGUUGCGCAGGGAGCUCUGAGUCAGAUGUACGCAAACGGAUUUUGCCCGUCAGACUCCGACGGCAACAGGCUGCCAUGCCCCGAAGGCUACGGCGCCAUUCUUGGCACUUCGGCCAUCACGUCCCUGACCAUUGUCUUGAUCUCUUUCCUGCCGCCUAAGAUCAUGCUCAAGAUCUUCCCUCCCAUCGUCACGGGUCCGACUGUCCUGCUCAUCGGCGUCAAGCUCAUCGAGAGCGGUUUCAAGAACUGGAUGGGCGGCUCUGGGCCUUGUGCUAGCCCCUCGACUGCUGUCGGCUUCUUCGCGAGCUGCCCCAACAUUGCUGCACCUCAUGCUCUUCCUUGGGGCUCGCCCGAGUACUUUGGCCUAGGUCUGUCCGUUUUCGUGGCCAUUAUUGCUGCGGAGAGGUUCGGUUCCCCGAUUAUGAAGUCGUGCGCAGUCAUCAUUGGCCUCCUUGUCGGUUGUAUUAUCGCUGCCGCCGCCGGCUACUUUGACCGCUCUGGCAUCGAUGCCGCUCCUGCCGUGUCCUUCGUCUGGGUCAAGACUUUCCCGCUAUCGCUCUACGGACCUCUCGUUCUACCGCUCAUUGCAGUCUACAUCAUCUGCGCCACCGAAGCCAUUGGCGAUAUCACGGCUACCUGCGAUGUGUCCCGCCUUGAGGUCGAGGGCCACACAUACGAGUCCCGUAUCCAGGGUGGCGUUCUCGCUGACGGCAUCAACGGCAUGCUCGCCGCCCUGAUGACCAUCACGCCAGUCACGACCUUUGCCCAGAACAACGGCAUCAUCGCCCUGACGCGCUGCGCCAACCGCUCGGCCGGCUACUGCUGCUGCUUUUUCCUCAUCAUCAUGGGCAUCUUCUCCAAGUUUGCGGCUUCGUGA